AUGUCUUACCACCAACAAUCGCAAUCCCGCUAUGGGCAGUGCGACUCGUACUUCGUUGAAUCACACGAUGAUGGCGUCUACGCUCUCCGUGCUGAGGCUAGGGAGCGCCAAAAGGCUCUUGCAAGGAUGCAACAACGGGCUCUCGCUGAGGAGUUGUCGAGGUUGACCGCCGAUGAAUACCAAGAGGAUGUUGUUGAUCAUAUGAUUCACAUGGAGUCACAAACCCUGCCAGACGUCAACUCCAUUGAUAUUCAGACAGAGAUUCAGUGGUUCAUGCGUCCAUAUCUUCUCGACUUCCUUGUUGAAGCACAUGCUGCUUUCCAAUUGCUUCCCGAAACCUUAUUCCUUGCUGUCAACCUUCUCGACCGUUACUGUUCACGACGCGUCGUCUACAAGCGACACUACCAGCUUGUUGGGUGCGCCGCCCUACUGAUUGCCGCUAAGUACGGUGAUAAGAAAGACAGAGUUCCUACCGUGCGGGAAUUGAAGUCCAUGUGCUGCUCACUCUACGAGGAUGAGAUGUUUACCCAGAUGGAAUGGCAUGUGCUCCAGACUCUUAACUGGGCAGUUGGACACCCCACGGUAGACGCAUUCCUGCAGAUCGCCCUUUCCGAAGCUCCUUACGACGCAGAAGUCGAGCACAUGACUCUCUAUAUCGCGGAAAUCGCCCUCUUCCACAAGGAAUUUGUCUCCACCCGUCCUUCGGUGCUCGCUAGAUCCGCUCUUGCUCUCGCCAGAUGUGUUCUCUCCAGGCCCCAGUCACGAACAUCCGAGUGGGCUGGUGCCUACGAUGCCCAGACAGUGAUUGGCCUGUCGAACCAUCUGUACCAACCGUCACCUGUUCUGUCCCGUAAAUACGGCUCGCUGCAUCUUUCGAAUGUUUCCGCUACUGUCGACGAGUUCCUUCAACGUCAAGCCCAGAUCGCACGACGGGACGCAGCACCCCCAACGCCGCCGCCGACGAUCACUAUCGAGGAUGCAAAGCCUAUCGCCGGUCUCUACGGACCACAGACUCCCCAGAAGACUCCUUAUGGUGCCAUGAUGCACAACGGGUGCCUCACUCCUCCUAUCACGCCUGAGACUGAACAAUUUGGACAUGUCAACGUGGUCAAGUCGCAGCCUGUGCCAAUGUACCCAUCAACGCCCACCUCGGAUCACGCUUCAAACAUGCAACACCAAAGCCAAUACUACCACAGCACAUACCUGCACCCUCACCAAAUGUAA